GAUGAAAUGAGGGGCCAUCAGGGACCAACAUACAUCGAAGCCGAAUUACUACUAUCCCGAUAUACAUGAAUUUUAUCUAUUGUUGAUAAAAGUCGCGUUCUUGACCUUGAAAGGGGGUGUCCUUGCCAUAAUUACCUAAACAUAACCUUCUCACUGAAGCGAACUCGGGCUCGAUAUAAGGGUUAAGUACCCUUUCCCAGGAUUAGGACACAGGACUCAGACGGUCGCUUCAACUACUACCAUGUGGAUUUUACGUUAUGCUGUUUUCAUAACAUCAUUAUACCCAUGCUUUGUCCAUGGUUCAGCAUUUGGUCCUGAAAACCAGAAGCCGAUCACACAUGCAAAUGGCGAGACGAAUCAUGGACGACUUCGACCCAACAUCGUGUUCAUUCUCACUGACGAUCAGGACCUUCAUAUGAACUCCCUUGACUAUAUGCCGUUUGUACAAAAACAUCUAAUCGACCAUGGGACUUUCUUCAAGAGACACUUCUGCACGACAGCUCUCUGCUGUCCUUCCCGUGUGACCCUCUGGACUGGCAAAGCGGCUCAUAACACAAAUGUUACUAAUGUGACUCCGCCUUACGGAGGCUAUCCGAAAUUUGUUAGUCAGGGGCUUAACAAAAAGUACCUCCCGGUCUGGUUACAAGAGUCUGGCUAUAAUACGUACUAUACUGGAAAGUUGUUUAACGCGCAUUCUGUUGAUAACUAUGACUCGCCGUAUGCUGCCGGUUGGACCUCUUCUGAUUUCCUUCUUGACCCGUUCACAUAUUCAUAUUUGAAUAGUACGUAUCAACGAAACCAGGACCCACCAGUGAGUUUCGAAGGGCGACACAGUGUCGAUGUGCUGGCAGAGAAAGCGCUAGGGUUGUUGGAUGAAGCCCACGAAGCUGGAAAGCCGUUCUUCCUUGGGGUCGCUCCUGUUUCUCCACAUGCGAACCUGUGGUCUCCGGCGUUCAAGGACGGUAAUCAUAGCGACUUAGAAGAUAUCGAUUUCUCACCCCCUGUGCCAGCGGAGAGGCAUACUAAGCUUUUCGAAGGAGUCAAAGUCCCACGCACAGCGAAUUUUAAUCCAGACAAACCAUCGGGUGCUAGUUGGAUCCGGAAGCUACCUAAACAGAGCCAGGAGACAGUUGAUUAUAAUGACCACUUUUAUGUGCAGCGACUUCGAACCCUCCAGAGUGUUGAUGAAAUCGUGGACUCCAUUAUUAGUCGCCUUGGUUAUCUCAAAAUCUUGGAUAAUACGUAUAUCAUUUAUACCACAGACAACGGUUAUCAUAUCGGCCAGCAUCGGAUGCAACCCGCGAAGCAAUGCAGCUUUGAAGAGGAUAUCAACAUCCCGCUCAUUGUCAGAGGACCGAACAUACCUAAGGGAUCAAUUAGUGAUAUCGUAACUACGCACACCGACCUAGCACCUACCUUAUUAGAUAUAGCAGGUGCUCACUUGAGAGAUGACUUUGACGGAUUGUCAAUACCACUUACGGAAGACGGCUUAUCACGAGCUGAGGAAACACGUCACGAACAUAUAACGGUGGAACAUUGGGGGUUUGCUUCCAACGAGGGCCAGGUGCUCGAGUCCUAUCCAAGGCUACACCUAAAUAAUACCUACAAAGCUCUCCGCGUCAUCAGCAAAACAUACGACCUACACUACCAGGUGUGGUGUAACGGAGAUCACGAAUUACACGACUUGACGACCGAUCCGGGGCAAAUGGUGAAUCUUCUCCAUCCAGACGAGGUGGCCCCAAAGACGAUUGCCGGGGCUUCCCUUGAUAAGGUCGUCGCUAGGUUGGACUCUCUACUCUUCGUCUUGAAGUCGUGUAGAGCGGAGACUUGCAUUCAUCCAUGGAAGGCCCUCCACCCGGCCGGUAACGUUGCGAGUCUUCGGGAUGCGCUCUUUCCGCGCUUUGAUUCUUUAUAUGAAGAGAAGUCGAGGAAAGUCGAAUUUGAUAGGUGCGAGAUGGGGUUCAUACUCGAUGCCGAGGGACCACAGUUUACACACAAGAACCUUGAUCCCAUCUUUGACCCCAAAUGGCACGAAUGGACAUAGGUCGUUUACCGGCAGGUAAAGCCACAUGAUCAAUGUUGCCAGAUCUUUGUAAUAGGUAUCUUUGAAUAUAAAUUUCCAGCCAAGUACAAGAGAAUGUAUCAAAGCGUGAGGUGAUUCCGGCGUUCCCUUCAAUGUCCCCUGGAAAGGUUUGCGGAGCUAGGCUGUUACUGUCGAAACGUCUUACAAAGAGCCGGCACGCAGUCGUGCUUGAGAAGCGUCCAAUCAAGAAAUCCGAGACUGCAGGUAGCCGAUGGUAACUCAUGAAUAUGACAGCGUUUAUGUUGAAAUAGACGCAGGUUAUGAGUAUCAUUGAUGUAGAUUAGAAGGUUAAGUUACUAGAAGUAGGUACAGGUAGCUAGACAGUACAUUAUAUUCCUG